CAGACAGUAGGACGGCGACGCCACUGUGAGUCGGUGACCACGGCGCUUGGAGCGCGCUCGCCGCAUCGUGACAUGUAGCGCGGCCGUGCGCCGCAGCCCCGCGACUCCACCGCCGGUGGCGGCGCGCCGAUGCGCCUGCCGUCCGGCCCGACGCCCGCGCCGCGAUCCAACACGAUACACACGAUCUCUCUACCAGUGCCGCUUUCACUGUUAUACCUGAAGCGAGCCCUUCAGCCCGUCUGAAUCGUCGGAUGGAACCCGGAGUGCGCCGAUUCGCAUCAAGGUUAGACGAAUAUUUGAAUGUGAGUGUUAGUGCGCCACCCGCCGAGCCAGCGCGCCCUGGCGCACCCCCGUGCUACAACAGCCCUGGCUACGCGCGAACGUCACAACUCCGUAGCACUAUAGCGGCGGGAGCUAGCUCAGACAUGGGAAGUGAGCACUAUUGCCUAAGGUGGAACAAUCAUCAGAGCAACCUGUUGGGAGUCUUCAGCCAGUUGUUGCACGACGAAAGCUUGGUGGACGUCACGCUCGCCUGCUCCGAAGGUGCCUCCAUAAGGGCUCAUAAGGUUGUACUGUCCGCGUGUUCAUCCUACUUCCGGUCGCUGUUCGUUGACCACCCAUCCCGUCACCCCAUCGUUAUUCUCAAAGACGUGGGCUUAGAGGAAUUGCGGACCCUUGUAGACUUCAUGUACAAGGGCGAAGUCAACGUGCAGUACUGCCAGCUGCCUGCUCUGCUCAAAACCGCUGAAAGUCUUCAGGUAAAAGGAUUAGCUGAAAUGACGACGCUAAGCGCCGCUGGUAUUGAGGCAAGAAACGUCUCUGAACCAAUGGAAGAGUGUCAACCCCAAGACCAAAAAGAGAACACAGAACUCCAUGAACGAUUGGACAGUAGAGAAAAUAGGGAAAAAGAGGAAAGACGAGACACAAAAGACUCACGUGAAUCGCGUGAGAGAGAAAGCAAAGAGGGAGAUCCAAGAGAUAACCAUGGGCGUGAGUCACGUGAACCCAGAGAUUCACGGCAAAAUAGAGAAAGAGACAGAGAAUUGCGUGAUCUUAGAGAGCACAGAGACCCUCGUGACGUCAGAGAACCUAGAGAUUUGAGAGAAUCAAGGGAACUACGAGAUCACAGAGAAAUAAGGGAGACAAGAGACAUUCGCGAACCUCGAGACUUACGUGACGUUCGAGAUCCGAGGGACUUGCGAGAUGCUCGUGAAACACGAGACGGAAGAGAAGCAUCUGAAGCGUCGCCUCCAAGAAUAUCCCCAUUACUUUCUGUAAGGCGGUUUAGGCCCGAAGUUGCUAUUGAUACGCCAACAACUACGCAUCCACCGAUACCAAAAGAUGAACCGCCUGACGAACCGAUGCGGUCUUCGUCGCCAGAGGAUGAUACUGUGUCGAUAAGAUCCAAUGGCGCCCAGAAUGAUAACAUGGGUAUAAACAUGACCAUAAACAGUCAUAGCAGCAGUGUCCUGGGUGCUAGAUACUCCCCAGUGGACAGACUAAGUGUUCUUAAUGCUAUACCACAUCCUGGCUUGCCCCAUCCAUCUCAUCCUUCACUACCAAGCCCACGGAGUGAGCCCAUUGCCGGACCCUCUGGACUUCCUCCAGUUCAACAAGUACCUUUAUCCCUGAAAAAAGAAAUUGAUUGGGAUCGCAGUAAUGAAGAUAAAGGAGGUGAAUCGUCUUCAGAGUACAGGAUGCAACAUGAAACGAUGUGUCUGGAUAUGUCAUGCGUGUCGCCAACCAUUCCGAGCCCCAUUCCUCCGCGGAGUCCGACCGCUCUACCGUUGUGGUCGCCCUUGCUGGCCCUUCAGGCGUGUCGCAUACGCAGGUAUCUCAGCGACGACUGCAUGGCCUACCAAAACAGACACUUACUCCACUCGGAGCGGCGACGAUGCGGCGUUUGUCUCGCUUCUUUUCCUUCCACGUGGCUUCUUGAACGUCACGCCGCCCUUCAACAUGCCUCACAGACGUCCUGCGAUGACAAACCCUUUGUAUGCGAACAGUGCGGUCAGAGCUAUAGGUAUAGGUCAGCAUAUGUCAAACAUAAAGAACAGAACCAUCGUGCUCGGCUGCCGGCCGAUAAACUUUUCACAUGCGACGUAUGCGGCAUGCAGUUCCGCUAUCUCAAGUCUUUCAAGAAACAUCGACUCAAUCAUACUCUCGAAAGACUUCAUACCAAAAAUACAGAUACGCCGGAGGGAAUGGAUCAAGUUUCGAGUACUAAUGAGGCUCUUAUUGGCCAGUGCGGAGAAAUGGAUCUCUCGAUGAAAAAGAAGAAUAAAACUGAAGGAAACAAAACCCCACCAAUUGACGUUAUCAGAGAUGCGGAGCAAGACAGUACAGUCGACUCUAAUGGAGCCUCUGAUUCUAUUGUAACUGUCGAUGAUUCUAUCGAAUGCAGAACCUCUGAAACUGAUAGUAAAAGAGACGAUGACACCGCUUCAGAGGAGAGACGACGUGUCCCAGUUUCCUUCGCUAGUGUCAGCUCCAUAGCGGAUAGUUCAGAGAGCGAGUCGCGCGGUGAUAGUAGUAAGCGUGAAAGUUCCAGCUCGCAUUCAGCUUUGUUGGGAUUUAUGCAGAACGACGACAGACAAAGAGACAGGGAGAGACGAUUCGCUUGUCCCUUCUGCGGGAAAUGUGUGAGGUCUAAAGAGAAUUUGAAAUUGCACGUUCGCAAACACACAGGCGAGCGUCCGUUCGUGUGUUUGUUCUGCGGGCGAGCAUUUGGGGGUAAGAGCGAUUUGACUCGCCAUUUGCGGAUCCACACCGGCGAGCGGCCGUACCACUGCGAGGCGUGCGGCAAAUGCUUCGCGCGCGCAGACUACCUCUCCAAGCAUCUCACCACGCACGUACACAACACGCGCUGAUCGUUGCACGCGCCGUCCUUUUUUCAAUCUUUUCAUACCUCUAUAGUAAAUGAACGAGUCAUAUUAUAACGGUAAAUUGGAAUAUUUUUUAAAAUGUUUUAAAACUUUACAACAUUAUUAAAAUAAGCAGGUUUAAUUAAAAUGUUUACAGAACAGUUUUCAUUUUGGAGUUAUUUAUGAACAUAUGAAACAAUUUUAAUACAAACUGGAUAUAUAUAUGCUGGGUUUACUAGCUAGAUAAUGUAGUAAAUACUUGCAUACAUUUAUUUUUCGUUUAUAUGAUUUGCGUGCUAUAGGAGAAUGCACCAAUGUAACCUGUGACAAAACCUUAAUAACAGUUAAUGUACUUAAUUUUAAUAAUGUGUGGUUAAAUAAAAUUAAGUACAUUCAACUACGCGGCUGUAAAAUACCUUAUAUCUUUCCUGUCGAACUUACAGCCGAUUACAUCGGUGUCGUGGUAAGUGAACAGAUUACACCAACUUCUUUACUACAAUUAUAUAUUGCAUUUCGAAAAACCAUUACUUUGAUAUUUUAAAAUUUAAUUCAAUUAUUACAGUUACAUUUUGGACAUUUUGAAAAACAACAAUUUUCUUUAUUUAAUUACUACCACAUUGUUGUUAUUUAUAUAAUGAUGGAUUUUUUUGCCAUAUUUUUAUAAGCCGGCGUAUUUAUAAGAAAAUAAACUCAUUCCAUUGAGGGAAAUCUAGAAAUUUGGUAGAAGAGAUGGUAGGUAAGUAGAAGAAUGCAAAAAAGCUGUGAUUUGUACGAUUAAGACCAGUCAAACAUGUUUUAGGACAUCGAAAAAAUGUUUUAUGUAAUUUAAUGUAAUGUUAACAUUUAGAUAUACAUGAAUUAAUUAUAGUAAUAAGAAAUCUCUCUGUGCCAAAAUAUGUACCUCAUAAAAGUAACAAUGAAGUAGAUAAAUAAAUAACUGAGGAUUAUUUAUUACAACAUUUUAAUUUAUUCAUAUUUAAUAUAUUGCUGAGUUUUAUAUUGUAAGUUUGCAAUGUACAGAAUCAGACAGGAAUCAAUGCAAAUCGUCUUUUGGAACAAUACCAUAUAUUGGCUUCAAAUCUGUCGUAAGUUUAUGUCUAAAAACUCUUAGGUGUAGAGUGAAGUUAGUGAAGUGAAGAUUUUAUCUAAAAAAUAACAUUACACUUAAUAAUCACAUACUUGAUUAAUGGACGCCAGAAGUCGAUAUGCAUCUUUCGCCGGCUACUGUACUAAAUGUGUUAUGCCCCUUGCAACCUUUGAGGAUAAAGUUAAGAACCGUCUUUUGGUAAAGAAGACUUGCCCGCAAAAUCUUGAUAUCUAGUACAAUAAAUACAUGGCCAUUUAUCUUUUUAAGAAGAAUGUUAACUGCCGUCGUUGUGAUAAGUAAUACAUAUACACUUAUUCGAUUGACUCUUUAGAAUUCCUCAUUUUAAUCGCCAUUUUAUUUAAAAUUCUAUUCGUGACAAAUAACUGCAUACAACAUAUAUUUUUGAUAAUCAAUGAAAUAGUUAUUAAGUACUUUGUAAGUGUAAUAUCUGUUGUUACAAUAAUUUAGGUAACGAUAGCCAUAAUUAAGUCCGUUUGUUCAUAGACCAUAGUGAUUUGUUUGCAGAGUAGAUAUGUUCCUUCGUGAAAUGUCGUGUCUUUCAAGAAAUUAAAAAAAAAUGGUUAAAAUGUAUUAACACUUCAGGUUUUAAUGGAGUAUUGCAAGUCGCCAUCUAAAGAUUCCAACAGCUCUAUUGGGACCAUCGCAUACUAAAAAUAUUCUAACUUUUGAAUUAAUUGCUGCAAUUGAAGAUUAAUUGCUUAAAAAGUAACUUAGAAGAUACCUGAACUAAGACGAUACGUGAUUAUAUAUGUACUCGUUUAGUUAAAUGCUAUGUGAUUUGUUCGAUAUUUUUUUUAAUAAAAUAGUAUCUUUUAUAUUUGAAGUAAAUAUUUUAUCUUACUGUAGUUUUUCUUAGUUACUAUUGCUACCUUUAAUACAACAAGUAAUUUCAAACGGACUUAUACUCUGUCAAUUAAGUACAUAGGAUAAGUGAAUAUUAUUGUUAUGUAUUUUAAACUCAAUAGAUAUUGCGGGCAGUUCUUCUUUUUCCAUUUACAAUAGAGUUUUAUAAUGUUGGUGAGAAUAGUUUUUAACAAAGUACAUUUUUAAUUAAGUCAGCGCAACGAAAUAACCACAGGUACAGGAAAUGUUGAACGAAUAUUAUAAUGUAGUGUAAUUUAACUUAUGUUUAAUGUUGUUGUAGCUCAGUUUGAAACCAAGUAAUUUUUUUUAUUAUAUAUAUCUGUUCCGUUUAUAUAUAAAGUAAAUUUGCAGUUGUAAAGAAGCCAUGGUAUUCAAAAAUUUAUAGUUGAUAUGCCAGAGGGAUAUUUUAAGUAAUUUAGGUAGUUGAAAACUUUUAGUAUAAACGAGAAGCAAUACUCUGAAUUAUUAUUUUUACUACUGAAAUACUCUUAUACUGUGCGUGGUGAAUUUGAAAAGUGGAUAUGAAAUGCAGAUACUGUAAAGAACUAUUUAAAAAGCCGUAACUGCACUUACGACGUUUUACAUCGACACCAGGCAUUUGAUUCUCAAUUUUCGAUUUCGCCUUGUGCAAUUUUUUACAAGAAUACCAUCGAAAUAAACAAUGCACUAUUGCAUUAAAAUUGUGUAUAUGUAGAUAUUUUGCCAUUAUGUCAAAUAUAUGAUAUAAAUAUUAUUCAAAAUUUGAUGUUGACUGUUUUUUAUAAUUAUAUCAGCGGUAGUUACUUGAUGUUGUGGUGUAAUUUAGUGUCUUAUAGAGUUAAGGUCAUUAACCACUCAAAGUGUUUUAUAACAAAAAAUGGCAAAUUUUCCUGGAACAAGUAGAUUUGAACAGAUAUCGAAAUUUCCAAAAUAUGUAGCCAAAAACUUUGAGUGGUUCAUUAUUUUGAAUUCUCGUAGAGUUAAAAUUGGUGUAGUAUUCUUUAUAUCUGUUCAUGUAACAUACAUUUUUAAUCUUAUAGGUAAUUUAAUUUUUAAUCAGAUUCUAAACUAUUCUGAGCACAGCCAUGGUUUUGUAAAUAUGCGUGCGCUAACCAGGUCCAAUGUGAUACAUUAGCGUAAAGUGGUUGUCUUGUUUUGUUUGGUUAUAGAAAAAUUUCCAUUUUGUUACAAUAUCAUAAUUGUUUGUUGUAAUAUCAUUACUUACUUCCUGUCUGUGUUCAAAUGUUUUGUAUUUUCUCUAGUUUUUUUUUCACCGUCGACUGUGAGCUAACGGGCAUUAUUUUAUUAUAGAUACAGUUACUUUACUUUGUAUUUGGGAGGUUAUCGAGUUAGAAGCGGUAAUGUGGCCAACGUUCGGGGGGCACGGCUGUGGUCUUACGACGCACAAUUUUACCACUUUAUACAGCGUUUUUAUAUCUCCGUCCAGUAAUAUUGUGUGUCUUAUUUCAAUUUUACUGAUUAAAGCAGCUAUAAUACAGUGUUAACGGGAUCACAUUGAUUGCUUUGACUUGUGUAGUUUUAUAAGGGUUAUUUUUUUGUUUGUUAAACAGUUAUUAAUUGCUUCUUUCAUAUUGUAAAUGAAACAAAAGUGCUUGCACCACAAAACAUCGUUUCAAGCAUUUUGUCAUAGGAUGUUUUUCGGAUUUAACUGAAAACGUUUAAAUUAUUUAAUGUUUGCAUUUGAAUGUCAUUAAUUAUCUAGUAGCUAUUGAUUCUGAAUUUAGUUGGAUGAUUUUAAUAAUAAAUUUUAACAGUACACGAAAAUUAAGUUAAGCCGAAGUGGAGGCUGAUUUACGAGAUAAUUUUGUUAAUAUAUCUUAAUGGCUUUGAUUAGCUAUAAAAUGUUCUGUGGUGAUCGCAAUGAAUGUGAUAUUACUUUAAGUCGAGACAACGACACAGGAUUAGUACGAAGUUUCUCCGUGCGAGCCAACGAAGAUCGAACGUUAGUAGACUGAUUUUCGGGUAGAAGUAAAGUAGGCCAGAAAAUUCGCAGUCAAUAAGUAACACGUAUAAAUAGAUGUUGUUUUAAAGAUGUUUUAAAGCCAAACACAAUUUCAAUAGUCUUACGACGUAAAACAAUAAGAGAGUUUAUUUAAUUUUUAACAUUACUUAUAAAGAAUGUUUUAUAUACCAACCUUAAAUUAUUUUUCAGAUGUAUUGAUUUUUAUACAUCUCCAUAUACAAAAAAUAGAGGUAAGUUGUAGAUAACGUAGAUGGGUCUAUUAACCGCGUGGUGCUACAAAGUGUAAUGAUAUGUGAUAGAAACUGUUCUUCAGAGACAUUUUAUUUAUUGAAGCUUCCAUAGAUGUAAAUAUAGUCCCAUUACACUGGUUGAAAUAGUCUUUAUUGUUCAUAAUGCAAUAAACUUAUUUAAAAAAUUGUGGGUAAAAUUUUAAUACGUUAAGUUUUGGUUGGUUUUCAUUGAGUUGAGUACCUCGCCAUAUUAAAUUGCUUUGGAAGUUUUAAUAAUUGACCAUAGAUACUUUGGAUUAUUCUUUAAGUAUUUUAAUUAUUUUCGAGACUAUUGGGUCUGUCUACCCAGUAAGGGAUAAUAACGUAAUAUGUAACUUGACUGUUCAAAAUUUACCCACUUGAUUUAGUCUGGACUAGUGAAGGAAUUGUAUUAUGAUCAAUAUAUACUUCAUUAUUACCUUACCUACCAUAUUCAGCAAUAAUUCGGGUUAAGUACAUAAUAAUUGAUUAAAACUUCUAAAACCAGUAUUUUAACGAAAUGCGAUUGGUCGAACGUGUCUCUUAGAAACCAAAAUAAUAAAAUGUAAGGAUUGUCUGGCUAAAUAUGUGGUACAUAAAUACCAUUCCAAAAUUGUAAUUAAAUUAUUAUUGAUUAUUUCUAUGAGAUUUAAGUCGACCAGAUAUUUUGGGUGAUGUGAGUUCGGUAUUUGUAAAAUUUUAAUAAUUAUUUUCUUGUGUUGUCUAAGAGUUACAAUUUAAGGCAAGGCAUUGCAAUUUAAGGAAAAUUAAUGUUAUUGUAUUAAUGUAACUCCGGUGACGUGUAUAGAUAGGAAAAUUUCAUUAGGUUCGAUACCUACUUACUCGUACAUACAAUACUUGAGAAAAAAACAUUUUUUUAUGGCCUUAAUAAUAACAAAUAUGUCUUGGAGUAAAUUUAUAUUAAUAUCUUAUGUAUAACUUUCUUACUUAGUGUAUUGAAAUGAAAUUAACUGGAAAUAUUUUAUAAAAUAAGUUUCUAUUUUCAUGGUGGCACUAAAUGGGCACUAAUAAUUAUCUAUUCAUUUUAAAGUUUUAACAAUUUCUUGAUAAUGAGUGAUUUUAAGUUUCAAUUAUUACCAAACUUCAAUUUAUUAUUAAUUUAUGCAGAUAUAAAAUAGAUCAUAGUAUACAAUGUUACAUAAACAUAACUUAAAACAAAUAUUUUUUUUACUUGUAUAUUUCAGAUGAUUAUUAUUGUUGAAGAUAUUGUCCUAUUUUAUAUUUUAACAACUAAUUAACAUAUUUCAUUAUUCUUAUGUUGAUAAGUCUAUAAAGCAGUCCAUUUGGUUUUAAAUCUUGUCCAUUGUCCAAACUAACUUAGACAUAGUUCAUAUUUUGGAUGUGUAUUAUAUCACGAUCUAAAUUAACGCUAUUGUGUAUAUUAUUUCAUUGUCGAUGUGCAAAAUUAUAGUAAAUGUCUUGGAUCUCUAAAAAUAAGAAAAAAAGACAAAAAACAAUUUACGAAAUUUCUAAAUGUGCAAUAAAUAUGUGUGUUGUAGUGUUACCAUUAGGAAUAAAAUUUUGGCUAUUAAAGGUGGAGUUACCGAAACAUGGGGAAAAUAUUAUUCAAUUUUAUUCAUAAGUGAUGUUUUAAUGAUCUCAUUCAUCGUAUUACGGUAACUUUAUUUUUGUAGCUUAUUAAAUGAAUAUUUGGCACUUUAAAAAAGGCACAUUUCCCUAUUAUUAUUGAAAAAUGGUUUGAAAACGUGUUGAAAAUGGAUUUGUUGGUAAUUAAUUUCAUAAUGAAAUAUAUUUGUUUUAUU